AUGACUCGUUUCUUGUUAGAACUGAUAACGCUGGAAAAACAAGAUGGAAAUUCUAAAGGAAAAAACUUGAGUGAGCAGGGAAAGCAAAAUGUUCUCAAAGAAUUUAAAAAACAGUUUCCAGUUGCGAUCACUUGGAACAAAGUGAAAAACAGACUUGAUACUUUGAAAAAGCAAUAUGAAAUCUAUCCUUCGAAAUUUCGCUCACAUCCGUUGCGUUUUAUACCGCUUCUUGACGUGGUAUUUCGAGAUGAAACUGUCGUGGUUGAGGAGUCAUGGCAACCAAGACGUGGUGUAUAUCAUCGUACUCCACGAGUUGAGUUAAGUGAUGAAGAAGAAGUUCAGAUUCAAGAUUCACAUGAUCUUGAUCUUAUGGAACAAGAUGACACAGCCUGGUUAGAAACUCCAAUGAAAGAUACUCCAAAUGUUAUCGAGACAGAUCCUGUAAUGCCGUCACAACAAAGUAUGAAAGAUACAUCUCGCCGAAAGCGUAAGCGCAAUCCAGUGGACUCCACGCUCGAUCGUAUUGCUGCGACCAUGGAAGACCGAAAUGGUAUUCUAGAACAGAUGGCAUCAUCUACAUCUAAAUCAAAGUCAACAAAUGCAACUGAGGAACGUAUGGCUCUUGUUGUCAAAUGUGUGAGAGGAUUACCUGAUCUAAUUCCAAUGACAUAG